GAAACACACACACAGUGGGUCCCAUCUCUUUUCCAGAUAUUUUCUUCUCUUCUUCUCCUCAAAUCUCUUCUUCCUGUGAAGGAAGAACUCGUUGUUGUUGUUGUUGCUUGAUCCCCUCAGCUUUUGAGAGUUAUGGGAAGCUGCUGGUCCGAUGGUAAAGGUGGCGGUCGUGGUGGCGGCGGAAUGGUCGGUGUUUGUGGAACUACUUCCGGUUGUCCUAACGACGCCGUUGACUACUACCUCAAGUCUCGCGGCUUCAACGGCCUCUUCUCUCAGAUCGAGUUAUCUUUCUCUGCUUCCAAUCUACGAGACGGCGACGUGAUCUCAAAGAGCGAUGCAAUGGUGGUUGUUUAUACAAAAGGAAGAGAUGGAAUCACACUCUCCGAACUCUUCCGCAGCGAAGUUGUUUUGAAUUCUCUGAAUCCUAAGUGGAUUAAGAAGCUUACACUCUCUUUUCAGUUCGAGCUUGUCCAGACAUUGCUGUUUCGUGUGUAUGAUAUCGACACGCAGUUUCAAAACUCAAGGGAGGAGAUGCUAAAGCUCGAUGAGCAGCAGUUUCUAGGCGAGGCAACAUGUGCAUUGUCCGAGAUUAUCACCAAAUCAAAUAGGACGGUUGCUUUAGAACUUAUGCGUAAAGAAAGUGUUGCUGCUACUGCACAGCCACAAAACUAUGGAAAGCUUGUUGUCCAUGCUGAGGAGUCUCUAGCUUCCAAGACCACGACCGAGAUAGUCCUUAGGUGCUUGCAUUUGGAACCAAUGGAUCAUUUCUCUAAAAGUGACCCUUUUUUGGUGAUAUCUAAGAUGGUAGAACACGGAUCUCCAAUCCCAGUCUCUAAAACCGAAGUCUUGAAGAAUGAUGCCAAUCCGGUUUGGAAACCAGUCUUUCUUAGUGUUCAACAAGUGGGGAGUAAGGAUAGUCCAUUGGUAAUAGAGUGCUUAGACUUCAAUGGCAAUGGCAACCACAGUCUUAUAGGGUAUAAAAUUGAGAAGUCACUUGCAGAGUUAGAAAAGCUUCAUGUGAGUGGCCAAGGAAUCAAUCUAUUAUUACCUACAGGAGUUGGACAUAAACAUGAAGACAAGGCAUUGAAGAGUCAGAUUUCCGUUGACAAGUUUACUGAAACCGUUCAGCAUACAUUCCUAGAAUACUUGGCAUCUGGAUUUGAACUGAACUUCAUGGUCGCAAUUGAUUUCACAGCUUCAAAUGGAAAUCCACGCCUCCCAGAUUCCUUGCACUACAUUGAUCCUACAGGAAGAUUAAAUGCCUACCAGAGAGCAAUAGUUGAAGUUGGAGAAGUGUUGCAGUUCUAUGACACUGACAAAAAGUUUCCAGCGUGGGGCUUUGGAGCUCGUCCUAUAGACAUUCCAGUUUCUCAUUGCUUCAACCUCAACGGAAGCAGUACUUACUGCGAGGUAGAUGGAAUUCAAGGUAUCAUGAAUGCCUACAACGGUGCCCUCUUCAACGUUUCUUUUGCAGGGCCUACUCUCUUUGGCCCCGUGAUAAAUGCUGCUUCAACUAUCGCAAGCGAGUCACUCGCUCAAAAUUCACGGAGAUAUUACGUCUUGUUGAUAAUCACUGAUGGAGUAAUAACAGAUCUGCAAGAAACUAGAGAUGCAUUGGUCAGUGCAUCAGAUCUCCCGUUGUCAAUCCUCAUCGUUGGAGUAGGAGGAGCUGACUACAAAGAAAUGGAGGUAUUAGAUGGAGACAAAGGAGAGAGGUUAGAAAGCUCGAGCGGUCGGGUAGCGUCACGAGAUGUAGUCCAGUUCGUUGCAUUAAAAGACAUACAAUAUGGAGAGGUGUCAGUGGUAGAAGCGCUUCUAGCGGAAUUGCCUUCACAGUUUUUGGCUUACAUGAAAAACCGUAACAUCACUCCCACCACCACCACUACUACCUCUGCUUCUUGAUUUGCAUUCUCUUCUGUACAUACACAGCUCUAAAACGCUGUCGUUUUUAAUAUUCUUUAUUUGUCUGGAAUUUUUCCGUUUUCCAGUAUGCCACGUCAAAAUUUUAUAUACUUCACAUCUUUGAUUUGUUUGGUUUCUCUUCUCUUUCUUACCGAACUGAGAUUAUUUUUAUUUAUUUAUUAUUUGUCAAA